GUCAGAUGGGGGAGCACUCUAGGGGUUUGGUGGCCGUUUGUUUUGCUGCUUGCUGCUGUGGGGCAAGCAAUGGAAACACUGGGAAAUCGAUCCGUGUGGACAGGGAUUUCCACUACGUGCAGGCUUUGGAGAGGGAGCGGCCGGCCAGGUGCACAGCGGUGAGUGCCCGGGGCUGACCAUCUGCCAGCACACGCAGGCGGUCCCCGGAUGUUUACGUGUCCCCAUUUGCCAACGGUGCUGAUCUCUGGGCUUUGCCGGGGUCAGCCAUGGUGCCCUGGAACCAGACGAGGCAGCGUCUCCUCCAACUGGCUGUGUGCCCGGUGGGAACCCCAUGACAACAGGACAAACAGUCUGAAACCUGGACGUUAAUCCUCUUUCCACCCCCAGUUUGCGCAGGGCCUUGAGCGCACGGAGAAAACAAACUUAUUUGGAACACUGGCCGCCAGCACGCGGCUCUGCCAAUCAUUAACCUCGAGGUUCAGGUGACCCGGCCCCCAAGCCCUUCAAAAGGCGCGCGCUGCGCCCAGCGAGCAUCCACCGCCCGGCGAGUACCCACCUGCACCACCGCGCAGCGAGCAGCGAGCAGGACCUGUCCGCCACCAGACCCGCUAUGUCCGCCACCCGCCCCGCUAUGUCCACGGUCCCUGCUGCCUGCGCCUGGCUGCUCUUUCUCCUGCUGGCCGCCCAGCUCGGCGCGGUCGUCGGCACUCCCCAGCCGUGGCGCUGCGCGCCCUGCUCCGCGGAGAGGCUCGCGCUCUGCCCGCCGGUACCCGCCUCGUGCCCGGAGCCCGCCCGGCCCGCCGGCUGCGGCUGCUGCCCGACGUGCGCCCUGCCGUUGGGCGCUGCCUGUGGCGUGGCCACUGCGCGCUGCGGCCGUGGGCUCAGCUGCCGGGCGCUGCCAGGGGAGCCGAGGCCCCUGUACGCCCUCACCCGCGGCCAGGGCGUCUGCAUGCUCGUCCCGGAAGACACCACGCCCAGCGCUGAGGCCACAGAUGCAAAGGGCUCCAUGGCCCCAGAGAACGUGUCCCCUGAGAGCGUUGAGAUGACCCAGGAGCAGUUGCUGGGCAGUCCCCACCUGAUGGGCCCGUCCGGGGAUGAGCUGCGCACCCUCAGGCACGCCAUCAGUAAUUUCCAGAGUACAAGCGCUCUCGAGGUCGCCGACGUCACAAAGGGGAAGGGGCCCUGCCAACGGGAACUGUACAGCGUGCUGGAGAGAUUAGCCGAGCAGCAGCAGAAAGCAAGAGACGGGCUCUACACCUUUUAUCUGCCCAACUGCAGCAAGAAUGGCUUCUAUUACAGCAAACAGUGUGAGACGUCCCUGGAUGGAGAGGCGGGGCUCUGCUGGUGUGUCUACCCCUGGAGUGGGAAGAAGAUCCCAGGGUCUGUGGAGGUCAGAGGGGACCCCAGCUGCCAUCAAUAUUUUCACUGAGAAGAGAAGCAAUAUGCCCUAUUCUUUCACAUGAAAUAUUUAAGUACAUAGUAUAUUUAUACUCUAUAACACACACUUUUAUAUAUAUGUGUAUGUAUAUAUAGGAACUACUUUUUACACUGCACAGACUACUUGAUGUAUAAAGGUGUAGUUUAUUUAUUCACUGUAAGUUAUUUUUCUACACUGUAACUUGUGCUGUAUAAUUUAUAUAUCAUGAAACACUUCUUACCAUGUUCCAUGUAAAUGCAUUUUAGCUCUUCAAAGGUUUGUGCUUCUCUUUGUAAAGAGCACGGGAAAAGACUGCCUAGAAAACACCAAAUCAAAUGUGUAGCUGUGGUUUUUCAAACGGACCAGUGGAGGACAGUGAAGCCUGGCUGAAGAGUACAUGCUCCAGUCUGUUCCACGAUCCCUGGUGCCUGUGAAUUUGCAGAAGUUCCAUGUUGAUUAAUCACAGCUGGAGGUGGCGAUGUGGCUACAUGUAAACACAGGCACUGUAUACAUCGUCAGACACACUUGCACAAUGUGAACAGUUCAGAAUAAAUGUUCUCGGGA